AAUAAGUCAAAACAUGCUUUUAAAAACUGUAUGGGCAUUACCAUAAAUUUACUUACCUCAAAUCGCAUAAAACCGAGCACUCAAUUCAUGUACUAAAGUACCCCACGGAUCAAGAACCUAAUCAAAAUAUUCGAAAAUUAAUACCGCAUUACCACAAAUUCAAAUUGAAAUCAUGACUACCCCCUAAUCACGAUGCUAUUCCUAUCAAUCUCCACAUGACCAGACAUCUCCAAAUUUAUUCUUAUAUUACAAACUAAUCAUUUAAUCCCCGUUAAGUGUUGGUCAUCAGUGCGUGAACAGUGAUCACGCCGUGAACAGUAACUGCACUUCCAUAAAUGGCAAAACAAUGGCUAAUUCAUGGGAUUUUUCUCCAAAAUCUCACAACAGUCAAUUAACACUCAAUCACAUAAAUUUCACUUGAAUUAAUGCUGAAAUUUCCAGCAAUUUAUUGAUGAAAUUUCAAGCUUGAAGGAGCUGUCAACAUACCAGAAUUUUGCAGCAAAAACCAGAGCUGCAAUUUGGGGGAAGGCCGGCAGUAGUGUAGGGGAAAAUCUACCGAAAUUGGAGAACCAAAAGCACAAAUUAGAGUAAACCCAAGUUAAUUUAAGGAAGAACAAAGGAAUUUUGGGCUGCUUCUUACCAAAAACCUGAAAAUUCCGCUACCCACCCACCAGAAAUUCGCGGACAGCAAGGGAGGAAGACGUAGAGCAGAAUAGAUUUGGAAAUUCUGCAGAGGGAGGAAAGUUUUUGGGUUCUAUAUGUGUUCUAGAGCAAGAAAAGAAGGAGAAAUCCCCAAGCUUCCUACCGGUUUCUCAAGGGAGUGCUGUCGGCUUGGCUGGGUUUCCUUGCCAGUUGCUGGGAAGAAGAAGAAGAGCAGAACACGCGGGCUGAAGAAAGAAAGAAGGAAGAAAAAAUCACCCGAUCCUUAUCCAAUUAUUUUCUCUUUUAAGUCCCUCAACUUUUCAAAUAUUCACUAUUAGGCCCAACAAUAUUGUUUUCUCACACAAAGGUCCUUAACUAAGUGCUAAAAUAUCACAAAAUUUUGGGAUAUUACAUUCACCCCUCCUAAAAAGGAGUUUUGUCCCCAAAACUCAAAUUGAGGAUCAUUUCAAGUGGUGAAUGGCUUCACCCAAGCCAAGACAAAACAAAUGUCCCACCGACUUUCUAUGAACAGAACACGGCCUACUACGAUUCCGCUGCGCCACUUUGAUAUCAAACCACUUCUAAUUAUGAGAGCAGAACAUUAACUACUUAACAGGAUUUACCAUGAAACAAGCUAUUGGAGGCUAGGGUGAUAUGGGGAAGCACAAGAAAUAAAAAUAAAUCCUGCCAAGGCCACAAAAGAAUAGUUGUGGGGUUACGCUAUAAACCCAACACAAGACGAGUUGGCAAAAAAUGGCAUGGAUUUAAAGAUGAGUACAACAAAACUUUGAACUCUAUCAAAGACAGAUAAGCAUCCAAUGGAUAUAUGGAUCAUGAAUGAAUGAACAAGUUCAUGGAUGCCUUAUACAUUCUGCCACAAAACAAGGUUAACCAAUAAGAUCAUGUUUAACAAACAACUGGAAUCAAGAGACAAAUUUUAACAAUUAACAAGAGUUAAAAGCUAGACCCAUCAAUGACAUGUGAAAUUUUCAGAAUAGCAUCAAAAUGAAAUCACUGGAAAAUAUGAAUGCUUGGAAGAAUCCUGGAACAUAAGAGUGCAAGGUAGAAUGCCUCAAAAAUUCAGCAACAAAACGACAUUCACCAAUAAUCAAGAUCAAAUUUAACCAAGCAGUCAAAAUCGAGAGACAAAGAGUUAACCAUGAAACAAACAAUAGAAUUCAAGGAUUAGGCCCACAAAAGAGAUUUCAAUAAUGACAACCAGAACACGGAUUUAAGAGCAAAUAUAACCAGGAUGUCAAG